AUGGCAAGGCCCUGGAACAUGGCAGUUUGUGGGAGCCGCGGAAGCGAGCAGAAUGCCUCCACCCGACUGGCGCUUCUGCUGGCGGGCCGGGCUCGCAUGCUGCGGCGUUCAGGUGUUCUUUGCCUCGCAGCUCCGCUGCUGCUUUCCAAGAUGGCCAAAGCUGCAUGGCUGGGGCCUCCCAAAGACGCGACCAAGCCAGCCGCUGCCCAUGGGGUCGUUGCUUUCCAGGGGGGCUGCUAUGAUGUCAUCUACGAUGAAGCAGGUGGACCCAAGGGCCUGGGCCGCUUGUUGGUAUGCCCCUACGGCACCCCAGCGACAGGCGAUGUCGCUGAGUGCCUGGAGCAGGUAAACCGGCUAGCAACGGAGAAGGUCAUCGACAAGGACAUCGUGGUUCUGCUGGACUGCUCUGACCUCGUGUGGCCCUCACCCAUGGCAUUCCGAAGUUUCUUCCCGAUCAUCCGAGAGCGAUUGCCUGUGGCGGAGCUGCGAGAGAGAACCCAGGCAUAUGCAAUCGUGCAGAGGGAGUCCUUCUGGAUUCGCUCGGUUGUCGAUGCUGUGCUUCUCAUGGCGCAGCCAGAGACAAGCCCGAUUUUCGCGAAGGAUCAGAACGAGGCCUCCGAGCACCUCUGUGCCCGCUUUGAGAGCCCUCAGCUGUCCUGA